UGAGGCCAAGAGCCACCAGGAUCUACACUUCAUCUUCCCCUUCACCUUCAGAGAGCUGAACCUCCUGAAAGAGGAGAGCCUCAGCCUGUAUGGGCUCAUAGGACAUUUCUUCACUGAAACAAACCGCGGCAUUUGCAGGUUUGAAGAGUUUCAGUGUCUGUUCAUACUGGACGGUUUAGAUGAGAGCCGUCUGCAGCUGGACUUCUCCAAAACUCCGUCCGUCUCAGACGUGAGAGAGAAAACCUCCAUAGAAACUCUCCUGGUCAACCUGAUCAGAGGCACACUGCUUCCUUCUGCCCAAAUAUGGAUCACCACACGCCCUGCAGCAGCCAAUCAGAUCCCAGCAGAGUGCGUCGGCAUGGUGACGGAAGUUGGAGGAUUCACAGAUGCACAGAAAGAAAUGUAUUUUAGGAAGAAAUUCAGAGAUGAAGAUGAAGCAUCUAAGGUCGUGUCUCAUGUGAAAGCCUCACGCAGCGUCUACAGCCUCUGCUACAUCCCAGUCUUCUCCUGGAUCACUGCCAAAGUCAUGGACUAUGUCCUCCGAACUGGAGGCGGACAGCUGCCCCAGACCCUGACAGACCUGUACAUUCACUUCCUGGUCAUCCAGGCUAAAAUCUCUAAUGUAAAAUAUAAAGAUCAGUCUGAGACAGACAUUGUCUGGACCUCAGAAAGUAAGAAAAAUCUGAUGGUUUUGUCCAGACUGGCCUUUGAGCAGCUGCAGAAGGGAAACCUGAUCUUCUAUGAGUCUGACCUGAGCGAGUGUGGCAUCGACGUGACAGAGGCGUCAGUGCAUUCAGGAGUCUUCACUCUGGGAUUUAAGGAGGAGACUGGCCUGUACCAGGACAAGGUCUUCUCCUUUGUACAUUUGAGCAUCCAGGAGUUUCUGGCAGCUCUUCACGUUCACAUCACUUUUACAGAUUCUGGGGUCAACCUGCUCUCAGAUAAACCGUCUUUCUGGUCCAAAAUGUUUUAUAGCAAAACUUCCAUGAUACAGUUUUACAGAACAGCAGUGGACACAGCUUUGGAGAGUCCAAAUGGACACUUGGACCUGUUCCUGAGAUUCCUUCUGGGUUUGUCUCUUGAAUGUAACCAGAGUCUCCUCAGAGGGCUGAUGAAACCAACAGGAAGUUCACAGAUAAACCAGGAAACAGCCCAAUAUCUGAGAGCUAAGUUAGACUCAGGUCUGUCAGUGGAGAGGAACCUGACUCUGCUGCAGUGUCUGAUUGAGCUGAAGGACACAGGUCUCUGUGAGGAGGUCCAGGCCUGUCUCAGCUCUGAGAAGAUUCCCUCAGACCUGUCUCCUGCCCAGUGGAGUGCGCUGGUUUCCAUUGUAAUGUCCACAGAAGAACCAGAGUUUGACUUGAGUAAAUACCAACCGUCAGAGACUGCUCUGCUCCACCUGAUGCCUGUUGUCAGUCUGUCCUCCAAAGUUCUGCUGAGUGGGUGUGGUGUGUCAGACAGAGGCUGUGAGGCCCUGGCCUCAGUGCUCGGCUCUCAGUGCUGUUUGAGGGAUCUGGACCUCAGUCAUAAUCCUCUGCAGGACUCUGGGCUGCUCCUGCUCUGUGAGGGUCUGAAGAGGUCGGACUGUGCUCUGCAAACACUCAGGCUGAGCUUCUGUGAUCUUUUUCCUCGUUCUUGUGAGGCUCUGGCCUCUGUCCUGGACUCAGAGAAAAACAGUCUGAUGGAGCUGGACCUAAGCAACAACGAUCUUCAGGACUCAGGGGUCAAGACUCUGAGCAGCGCCCUGAAAGAGCCCCCGCUGUAAACUGGAGACGCUCAGGCUGUCUGGAUGUCAGGUCUCAAAAAGCGGCUGUGCAUCUCUGGUCUCGGCCCUGAGCUCUGGAGGUUCAUGUUUAAAGGAGCUGGACCUCAGUUAUAACUGUACAGGAGGAAGUGAGGCACAGCAGCUGACCGCUCUG